AUGCUGCUCGCGAAUCGGUUUGGCAGGGCCACCAUCAUCGCCGGGGCGACCCUCCUGAUAUCGUUGCUCUUGGUGAUACUCGCACAGAGCGCUGACCUGAGAUCACAUCUUCCCAGCUCCCCCUCAAUAUGGCCGGCGAAAGAGUGCUCCCCGCCGGCUUUGGCGGAGAGCAGGAGAAACAUUUCCUAUGAUCUCACGGUACCCCCUUCGAUCGGCUGUGAGGACAUUGUCAACGACCUCCAACAGAAGCUCAUUCAAGCCUAUUCCAAGAGCUUGAAGGGCGUUCGGUAUGCGAACAUCUGGGGCUACCUAGAGACGGAGAACAAGGGCGACGCCGCCAUUUGGUCCGCCCAGCAGAUACUCAUGAGCAUGCUCGGUAUUGAGAUGAUGGAAGCAUGUCGAUUCAUGGACAGAGACUGCGACAUCAAACGCUUUCGCAAAGUUCUCGAAGAUCACCGGCCCAAUUCGGCCAUCAUCAUGGCAGGUGGCGGCAACUUCAACGACUACUACUGGGAGGACCAGCCUUCCCGCAUGAAGAUGAUCGAGAGCUUCACCAACGUCUCCAUCCGAGCGUUCCCCCAGAGCGUGUACAUGACGAAUCCGGAGCGUAUCAAGGCGACCGAGGAAGCUUUUGGGAAGCACAAAGACCUGCAACUGGCUGCGCGGGACAAGCCUAGCUAUGAUUGGCUCGACAAGACAUUUGGCAACAAGGAGGGCAUCGAUAGCCAUCUCGUCCCGGAUAUUGCAUUCAUGUGGGGAAAUCGAUCCGACUUUAGAGUCAAUGGGAAAAAGACUCACGAUAUCCUCAUUCUCGCCAGGAAAGACAUGGAAAUCUCCGACGGCGACUCAUCCAACAUUGAGUUUGGCGAAGGUGAACUUGACCUGGGAGAGGGCGUCGGCAAAGUGACCUACCAGAAAGUCGACUGGAAGUUUACACAGACACCGGAUAUCGAUCCGCCAAAAGACUCUGGCGACGAAGCAAACGGCUCACCUGCUGCGCCUAAGCGAGAGAACGGCAAGAAUCAGCGCGCUUGGGCCAAGGCCAUUGCCGGCUUUGAACUGCUGGGUUCUGCCCGCUUCGUCAUCACCGACCGUCUCCACGGUCACAUCUUGUCGACACUUAUCGGAGUGCCCCAUGUCCUCAUGGACAGCAAGCUGGGCAAGAAUCUUAACUUCCAUAACACGUGGACUCGCGACUGCGAGUGCACCAGAAUCGCGUUCAGCAUUGAGCAGGCCUUGGACGUGGCACGCCUAUAUUUCGAGAAGGAGAACAAGGCGGUGCAGACCUAGAUUAAUAUCAGCUGUGUGUU